AUGGCGGUUGGUCUCACCCCAAAUCAACACUUGGCCGCUGUUAUCUCUUCUGCGUUUUACUCUCUCUGGAAUCUCCUCUCCGGUUUCCUCGUCCAAAAACCUUUGAUUCCGGUGUGGUGGAUAUGGUUCUAUUACAUAUGUCCAGUGGCGUGGACACUUCAAGGAGUGAUCCUGUCACAGCUUGGUGACGUGGAGACCAUGAUCAACGAGCCAAUGUUCCAUGGCACGGUCAAAGAAUUCAUUGAACAGUAUUUUGGAUACAAGCCAGACAUGAUCGGUGUAUCUGCUGCUGUUCUUGUUGGCUUUUGCGUUCUCUUCUUCUCUGGAUUUGCACUUUCAGUCAAAUUCCUCAAUUUCCAGAGAAGAUAG